CGGGUGACGUAGCGGAAGUUUAAAAAUGAAGUCGAAAGCGACUUUUACCGAUUCACACGUGGAGAAGAAAAUUAAGGUCAAACGUCCUUCGGUUCGUUACUGGAAUGAGCCACAGAAGGAGGAUAAAAGCAGAGAUGGAGAAAACACUGGAGAGGCUGCUGUGCAGCAGGACAGACGGGCAAAAAAAAGAAAACAGAAAGAUGAGACGAGUGCAGAAAAGAAGUUAUUUUCAGAGAAAUCAGACCCUUUUCCAGGAUCUGCACCGAUCCCAAAAGACAGGUUACAGAAAUUCAAGAGGAAAGACAAAAUAACAAAGCCCCCUCGCCACUACCGCAAGCUGAAACAGGUCAUCACUCGAUCAGAAGAAGCUUCAGAUUUGGCCCUGAAACAAGCUGCUCGGUUUGACCUCCUACUCCCAGAAGAUGCCGGUUUUCUAGAAGGCGAUGAAGACGAGGACACCUGUACGAUAUCGCAGGAGGACAUUGCAGAAGCUGUGGAUAUAACAUCCGGAGCAAAGUAUUUCAACCUCAAACUGACCCAGUUCGGACCAUAUCGAGUGGAUUACAGCAAAACAGGACGUCAGCUGCUGCUCGGCGGGAGGAGAGGUCACUUGGCGUGUUUCGACUGGCAAACCAAACAGCUCAUGUGUGAGAUAAAUGUCAUGGAGUCCAUCAAUGAUGUAAAAUGGCUCCACACUGACUCCAUGUUUGCUGUGGCUCAGAAGCAGUGGUUGUACGUCUACGACUCCAAUGGGAUAGAGCUGCACUGCAUCCGCAAAUUCAACGAUGUCCUUCGAAUGCAGUUCCUCCCCUACCACUUCUUGCUAGCUACAGCGAGUGCUACGAGCUUCCUGCAGUACUUGGACGUGUCAACCGGAAAGGAGGUAGCGGCCAUCUGCACUAAGACUGGCCGGCUGGAUGUGAUGUGCCAGAACCCUCACAACGCCAUCAUCCAUCUGGGCCACUCCAAUGGCACUGUCACCCUCUGGUCUCCAAAUCAGAAAGAAGCCCUCGUCAAGAUGCUCUGUCACCAGGGUGGAGUUCGCUCCGUGGCUGUGGACAAGAUGGGGAAUUACAUGGUGACAUCUGGAAUGGAUAAAAAGCUGAAAGUAUUUGACAUCAGAGCCCUCAAACCCCUCACGUCCUACUUCCUUCCUGCUGGAGCUUCGUGUUUGUCUCUGAGCCAGAGAGGACUCCUGUCUGCAGCCACGGGGGACGUUGUCCAGGUGUACAGGGACGUGUGGAGCACUCCAGUCACCAAGCCCUACAUGGCUCAUAGGGUUCGGGGAUCUGUGUGGGGGCUGCAGUUUUGUCCCUUUGAGGAUGUCCUUGGAGUUGGACAUGGAGAAGGUUUUACCAGCAUGCUUGUACCAGGUGCCGGCGAGCCCAACUUUGACGGACUGGAUGCAAAUCCAUAUCGUAGUGCAAAGCAGAGGCAGGAGUGGGAGGUCAAGGCCCUGCUGGAGAAGAUUCAGCCUGAGCUCAUCAGCCUGGACCCCACAGACCUGGGUCGGGUUGAUCGCGCCACCUUUGAGCAGAGGCAUCAAGAAAAGGUCCAGUCUCUGGGCUUUGACCCACAUGCUAAAGAGAAGUUUGUCCCAAAAUUUAAGAAAAAGGGUCGCAGUUCUGCUGGAGCUGUUGAGAGGCGCAAGAAGCAAGUGGCUCAUGUGGACCAGAGGGAUGUCAUCCGAAAAUCUGUAGAGGACAAAGUAAAAAUGGAAGAACAACAAAAGAGGAAGGAAGCGAAGAAGGCUGCACUGUCCAGACGAAAAUCUGCUCUGGACAGAUUCAAAAAAUAGAGAAGGAGCCUUUGUGCUGCUCAGAGUGUGGGGACAUUCUGUGGGAUGGACCUUUGACCUUCUCAUGAAGACAAUUUCUUGGACACGAUCUACUGUGACUACGCCAAGUGGAGCUGAGAGGAUGUCUCGGGCAGGAAUGUGACACGUGUUAAUGAUGGGGUGCGCUGUAACUGACACUCAUUACCUCCCAGAGUUAAACUGGAUUUCAGUUUGUUGCUCAGAAUAAAGGUUGACAAAAUAAA